UGUGUGAUGUGCCAUCUCUGGUUUGCGCGCUUGACUCUUUUGCAUGAUUUGUUUCUGCAAAUUUGUUUACUAAUUAAAAUAUAAUGGAAAACCAGGACGAACUCAGUAUCGGAACGAAGCAGAGGUUCGUAGAGGCGGCUGCACGUGCCAAGAAUCCACUCGACACACUACCAUACGACAAGUACACGGCCCCGUCCGGGGAAGAGUUCAAAUUGAUCUGCCGCACAAAGAGCGAUGCCGAUGCGAAAACCAUAAAGUGGGCUUUCAAGCUGGCAGAGGCGAACGUGGGACCCUACUAUAAGCAGUUAAAGAUGGGCUGGCAGCCCAAAAUAAAGUCGGCGGAGCACAAAAAGAACUGGGCCCGCUAUCUGGUGGCACAGAACGACAAAAAAGAGAAUGUGGCAUAUUGCAUGUUUCGCUUCGACAUGGAGAACUACGACUGCGUACUCUAUUGUUACGAAAUGCAUGUUGCGGCCAACUCACAACGCAAGGGCCUGGGUCGAUUUAUGAUGCAAACCCUGGAGGACUGCGCCCGACACUGGAAGCUCGAGAAGGUCAUGAUUACAGUGCUAAACAAUAACGAGAACUCCAUAUCGUUCUACAAGAAGCUCGGCUACAGCAAGGACGAGACAUCUCCGGGUGUCACAGAAGAGGCCGAAUACCAGAUCUUUAGCAAGUCCACAUUGGGCUGAGUAUUUAUUAGAUUACCAUAGAGAAUGCAAAAAAUAUGAAUUAUUUCAACAAA